UCGAUUUUAGACUACGUACCAAAUACAGACCAUUUGGCAAAAUAUUUGACAAAUGUUGAGCAAGUUGUGAUUUAUUAAUGGUUGCGAAAGCCAACUGUAAAAUAUUCCUAGUAGUUGAUUAUAAAUCUGAAAUGUUUCAAAUUUUUCUUAAAUGGGUGAAUUUUCUGAUUUUUUUGUUUGCUUUCAAUGCUGAUGUUGCUAAGGCAGUACAGUUCGAAUCCGAGUGUCUUCAAAACUUGUUCAACUGUGACAUUUCGGUUCCGAAACAAUUCGGCAAGCAACUUAUGACAAUAUACUACACUGGGUUAUCCGAGUCGAUCUGUCAUUACAAGGCGGCAAUGAUCAAAGCUGACUCCCACAUGUACUGUGCCGAAGGAAGUUUUUGUGGAUUGAUGUUGGAUAAUGAUCCAGCAAAACAUAUCCAGAUUGAAGAUGUGGACCAGGUGAAGAUGUGCAAAGUAUACGGCAGCUCAAAGGAAAAUUGCGAGCACGUGGUUACUCGCAUUACCCUGACGGGCGGAAAUCAGUGUCCGAAUAUCGACAACCCGUGUCACAAGACGCAACAGUGCGACGACUCCGUAAUUGGAGGAUUCCAAUGCCGAUGCGACCCGAAUGACAGCUCCCUGGCCGAUUUCAGAGGUGCAUGUUUGGAUGCAUCGAUAUGGCGCCAAGUCGAACUGAACCGACUUGGGUUCAAGGCGGUUCACCUAGCCCAUGAACCGAUGACCUAUGACAAUGCAAAUGAGUACUGUGCGGGAUUGGGAGCAGUUUUGCCGAACUACUUCUUGCAAUAUGAUGCACAAAAAUUGAAAAGAAAUGUUCUAACGGAUGAAAUAUCAUCUGGAUGGUACUGGCUGGCGUUUCGAAGGGCACAACUGGACGGGCCUUGGAUUGACCAGCUCACCGGGAGAGAGACCAACUUGACAAAUUGGGGAUUUGGUGAGCCGAAUUAUCAAGUGGACGAAUUGUGCACUGCAUAUAAAAAGCUCAGCUACUUCGGAAUUGCCGACACGACAUGCAAUAAAGACUUGAAUGUUCUCUGUUUCAUGAAGUAAUGAGUAAGACUAUUUGUGCAAAAUUCCCAUUCACAAACCAUGUGCAUAAAGAUGUUAUCCAAGUAGAAAAAAUAUAACGUAUGUAUGCUAAUUGAGCAAGCUCUUUUCUCCUGCCACCUCCUCGUGCAAAACUUCAAAUGAAAAAAAAUCUUAUUAAGUUUGUUUUCAU